CUCCGCUGCUGGUUUCGCACUCCGGGUUUCAAGUUUAAAUCCAGCGCUGAAGCUUUUACUUUCCAGUUUUAUGAUUCCUUCGGGUUUUAGGACUUUAUUUUUUCUGCAGUCAAAGCGGAGAAUCAACGAUGGGAAAACCUUCUGCAGUGAUUUCCUGCUUGUUGCUGAUUGUCGGAGCGGUGAACGCCCAGACAGCUCAGACUCAGGCCAGUGAGCGUCUGCUGCCCCAGUGGCUCACCGGCAUCAUCGCCGUCAUCGCCUUCCUCUUCCUCACCUUUGUCGGCUUCCUGGUGAAAAAGGCCUGGUGUGAGUCCGGCAGGGGGAAGACGUCUGUGGAGACGGUGAGAGAAGAUGAAUUCGUCAUGGCCGACAGCAAAAUCUACCAGACCAGCCUGGACGCGGUCAGGAGCAAAGACGACACAAAGGCGUAUGACAACCUGGCGAUUGACAGCACUGAUGACCACGUUACCGCCAUGUGACCGACCUCAACCGAUCCUAUUGGCUGUCGGAUCGUCAACCUCAUCAACUCUGGACGGAGAGACACCAAAAACACCCAAUUAUUUUUUUGAUGGAAAAAAAUUGCACAUUUACAGAUGAUGUUGUAUUUUUGUUUUGUCGUAGCUGUCGUCCCAGGCGGGUGGAGUUUACCAUGGAGAACGUCACAUCAUCCAUGUCGAAUUUACUCACUGAUUUUUUUUGUUUGUUUCGGUUUUGUCUGCAUCUUUAAAUGCAGCACAUUUCUGAUCCCUCAAGUCAUUUAGCAGAAAGCGCCGGAUCAUCGGAUCCUGGAUAUUUAAUCAUGUUUUCACUGGAACUGUAGAUGAACGUAACGUGUGUUUCUGACUCUUUAAACCUUGAGUCACCUCAGCAGUAAACAGGAGAAGCCGCCGUCUGUCCCGUGAUCUUUUUGGCUGAUUAAUAAGUUAUCUUUUCCAACAAGCUGCUGUGUUGGCUCUCAUUACUGAUCGAUGAAAGAAUGACCUGUGCUUAAUAAUUAAACGGUUUU